UGUCAGGCAAGGUUUGCUUCGGGAGGCUGCACUUGUGUCCUAUUUAGGGUGGAAUCUCCGCAUAAACGCACCGCACAGCCACGCUUUGAUGCGCUCCCAGCAUCAACCCAGAAGAGGAGGAGAGAGAGCGCGAGCGCGUCGUGGACCAGGCAGCGGGUUCGUAGUCAGCGGCUCCACCGCCGAGACAACAGCUGUCGCGCUUCGUCGCCCGUUCGCGAGUGCGAAAUCAAUUAACGCCGCGCGUCAUGGUUCGGAGGAACAGGUGAACUUCGCAAUCUUCAUGAUCUCGCCUGGACCAGAACUCCUCUAGGAAAGUAGUGCAGACCGAGAGAGAGAGAGUCCCGUUUUUUUUUCCGCGUGUUUCUACUUCUCACACGUGUGUCUAAAUUGCCUGAAGGGUUCUGGAGCCAUGUCCAGGAAGAAGGCAGCCAAAGCCAAAAGUAACGCCAAGAGCCCCAAAGCGUCGCCGAGCGGCGGCAGCGGGAGGUCGGGGAAGGGACUGGCGGCCGCCGCCGCCGCGUCCUCCGGGCUGGUUUACCCCAGCAGACCGUCCAUCAGCAACAGCGGAGAGUUCUACGAUCUGUCCUUCAAGGUGAUGCUGGUGGGAGAUUCAGGUGUGGGGAAGACCUGUCUGCUGGUUCGCUUCAAAGACGGAGCCUUUCUAGCCGGGAGCUUCAUCUCUACAGUGGGCAUCGACUUCAGGAAUAAAGUUAUGAGCAUUGAUGCUGUGAAGGUCAAACUGCAGAUCUGGGACACUGCUGGUCAGGAGCGCUUCCGGAGCGUUACGCACGCUUACUACCGUGACGCCCACGCUCUUCUCCUUUUGUAUGACGUCACCAACAAGGCAUCGUUUGACAACAUCCGGGCGUGGUUGACAGAGGUCCACGAGUACGCUCAGCAGGACGUGGUCGUCAUGCUGCUGGGCAACAAGGCCGAUUCCACACACAACAGGCUGGUGAAACGGGAGGAGGGAGAGAAACUGGCAAAGGAGUUCGGGGUGCCCUUCAUGGAGACGAGUGCUAAAUCUGGACUCAACGUGGAGCUGGCCUUCACUGCUGUGGCCAAAGAACUGAAGCACAGGACCAUGAAGGAGCCCGACGAGCCCAAGUUUCAGCUGCAGGAGUACGUGGACAAAGAAAUGAGGACGGCUGCCUGCUGCGGCUCAUAGACUCCAGUGUGUGUGUGCGUGUGUGUGUGUGUGUGUGUGUGUGUGAGAGAGAGAACGACAACAGCUAGAUAUUAGUGGACGCGCUAAAUUGUAGUGCGUGGGAAUUUUUUAACGAAAUUCUCCGUGUUUGUAAUAUUUCCUCCUUCCCUUGCAACUGUGAAUGUAACAUAGCUCCCGUCUACGUGCUUGCAUAUCUGUAUGUGCAUGUACACACACGAACCUCUACUCCAGCUUUUCAGUUCAUUCUGUGCAACUCGACAUUCAUGAAUUUACGCACACAUUUGUACGGAUCAACGCGUAAGCUGCAGAACUGGAUCAAAAGGCACCGUGUGCUGCUAAUGUACAGGAGGAGAACUGAUU